CGCCGGGUGAAUGUAUAAGUGCGAAGCGGCACCUUCGAAGGUCUUUAGGCUUUGCUGGGCAUGAAUCAGCACCAGGAGAACAUAUAAAUGCAGAAGUAGCAUGUUCAAAGGUUUCGCUUGAUGUGAAUCAGUACCGGGAAAAGUCUUUAGGCUUUGUUGGACGUGAAUCAACACCGGACAAACAUAUAAGUGCGAAGUGGCACCUUCGAAGUUUUCAAGCUUCAUUUGACUUGAAUCAGCAUUGGGAAAAGUGGCACCUUCGGGAAGCUUCGCUAGAUGCGAAUCAGCACCAGGCAAAUGCUUUGUUGAGUUUUUCAGGCUUCGCUAGACGUGAAUCAGCACCGGGUGCAAAGUGGCAUCUUCGAAGGUAUUUUUGCUUUUUUUUUUCAAGCUUCGUUGAACGUGAAUCAGCACCAGGAAAAGUGGCACCUUCGGGAAGCUUCACUAGACAUGAAUCAGCAUCAGGCGAACGUAUAAGUGUGAAGUUUUCAGGCUUCGUUGGACAUGAAUCAGCACCGGGAAAAACUUCACCGGACGUGAAUCAGCACGGACAAACGUAUAAGUGCAGAAGCUUCAUUGGACAUGAAUCAACGUUGGUUGAGACAUACAAGUACAGAAGUAGACCUUUAAAG